UCAACCACGAAAAAACCGUUGGGAUGGUGUGCACCAGAAAAAACAAACGCACUAGAUUACAGAGACCACCCAGAAUCUUUAUUGGGGAGAAAAAAGUCAAAAUCCAACAAGAAAUUAAGUACCUGGGGAUUUAUUUUGAUGAAAAGUUAAAUUGGCACACCCACGUCAAAAACAUCUGUCAUCACAUGGAGAAAAAAGUAAACCUAUUAAACUGGAUCACCUCUAAAACCUGGGGCCUCAAUUACACCAACACCAAAUUUAUCUAUAAGGCGGCGGUUGAACCCGCCUUGUUGUAUGCAGUUCAGGUUUGGCACGAGGCGCUAAACAACGUCCAUAUGAGACGCAAAUUGACCUCGAUCCAGAGAAAGUACCUUAUCAAAAUAAACAGGGCCUACAACACGGCCCCAACUAGUGCACUACAAGUGUUGGCCAACUUACCUCCAGUGCAUCUUCAAGCAAAACAACUAAUCUGGUACUGGUACCUUACAACGAAGAACAACCAAAUGGGAAACCACCCUCCUGAAGAUGACGACAUAAACUUUAAUAUAAUCGAGAGCAACACUCACAUUGACAGACAUAACAAUAACUAUGGAAUAGACAGAAAAUUAAAAAAGGACAAAAAUAACUACCAUCCAGCAGACACCAUCAAUUUUACUAUACAGUGGGACGGCGAGAGCGACAGUAAUUAUAAAGCCAAAUGGAUAAUUUAUACUGAUGGCGCUAAGAACAAAUAUGGAACCGGCGCAGGAUUCACCAUUAAAAACUCUGACAACAAAACCCAUUACCAAUGCUACUAUAAACUCUCUCAUCAUUGUACUAAUGCCCAGGCCGAGGUGUGGGCAAUUUUGAAAGCCCUUCAGUAUAUCAUCAACAACCAGGACAUUCACAAAGGUAGCAUUUGUAUUCUCACCGAUAGCAAAACAGCCCUCCACUGCCUUAACAAUACCAGCAACCCUACUCUUUUAACUCACUGUCUUCUCACCACGGCUAAGGCCCUGGGCAACAUCUGCAACCUAAAAUUCGCAUGGGUACCUGCUCAUAGUGGAGUGGACGGCAAUGAAAUGGCGGACAAGUUGGCAAAACUGGGCGCCAACACUGACAUCCCGCCAUCCUUCACGGACAUCCCCCAACGGAUCCUAAAGCAACUGAUCAACUUAGUCAACACUAUUUGGCAAAGAGACUGGGAGAAGGCAGAUACCGGAAGGAACUGCUUUCUUUUCAUCCCCACCAUCGACAUCAGAACAAAAGCCAGAUAUUUCAUCCCCAACAAGCCUAUAACCCAGGUUCUAACAGGUCACGGGAACUUCCCCUCCUAUUUGUGUAGGUUUGGGUUGAAGGACACAGACAAAUGCUCCUGCUCCAAUAACAUCUCUGGUGAUGCCAUACAUUUCGCAUUCAGUUGCCAAACCUACGAUGACCAGAGGGCAACCCUCAUGAAAAACUACCUUCUCAACAACAGCAGCUGGCCACCGAACCCUGCAAAAAUCUUCCAAAAUAAAGACUUAUGGAAGGACUUUACUGACUACAUUAAUAAGACUGGAGCCCUCAUCGAGCACUACACCGGCGGAAACAACACAGUUAGCGACUACCAGACUAACGAAGAAACAGAAGAGGACGACACUGAUCGAGACACUCUCGACGAAGACGACCUCGACUAA